GUGGACUUUGACGGGAGAGCACCAGUACGUUCUGGCUCACGGAGGAUGUGAAAUAUUAAACUGACAGGAAAUGGAGAUAUACAGCUGAAGAUAUACGAGUUUAAUAUUACUGAUCCAAUAAUUAGAAACUAGGAAAUGAACGUAAGUGAUAUUUGAAUAGAUCUGUAAAUUAAAGUUUAGUAUUUACAGUUAAAUGUUAAAAAUAUAAUCACAUAAAAUAAAACUGUGCAUUGUCGAACGAAAGAGACAAAAUUCAUGACGAGGAUGAAGUUAUACCUUUGUGGAAAUAUGCGAAAAAUAGCGAUACAUCAUCAUAAAAAUAUGACGUAACUUAACCUUGAAGAACCGUGAUUAAAAAUAAAUAUAUAAAUAAAUAAAAACUCGAGGGGUAAAUGCUGCAAGCUUCAAAAAUAAUUGGAAGACCGACAUUAUAUUAAAAGAGGAAUUUGAAGGCCAAAAGAUUAUUUUUUGUUUUUUAAAGUUUGGCAGAUAUUCGAAAACCAGCUAAAAUAUUUUACCAAAAAAAAUAAUAUUUAAAUUGCCUAAUAUUUAUAAUGAAAUCACGGAAAACAAAUGGGUAAAGUCAAUGAUAAAACAAAAACGCGCAUAGAGAAAGAGGAAGAGAAAGUGAAGUGAAGCGAGUUGAAACUAUAGGGAAUAAGAAAUAUGAAAUAACUUAAAAAAAAAUAUUCAAUAAGAAAAGCUACCGGAAAAUGAAACUAUUAUAAAAACGCAAAUCAGCAAAAAAGGGUAAUUGAGACAACUAACUCGAACAUAAACAUAAUUAGGAACAGAAACAUAAACUGUGAUAAAUAGGAACUGUGACAUCGAACGAGAGAAAGCUUCAAUGUGAAGUCAUAAAACGAAGUGACAUCAAGGGAAAAGCUGACUGGUGGGCGUCCAGUGGAGAGAGAGAGAGAGAGAGAGAGAAGGGCAACUGAAGUGAAAGCACUGACAGCUUCGAUAUGUAAUUGGAGUGACAGCGAGUGACGCACCUUCGAUAUGUUGCGAAGAAACGACAGAACACGAAAGUCCUGAAGAAAAUACACAGUGAUAUGAAACUACUGACUUAAUUUUUAAUAAAUUAACUAGAAAUUAACAUUAAAUACACAAGUAAUUAAAUAAUCAUUUAAAUCGGCCAACAAGCCUUCUAUAUAAUAAUUAAAUUCGCCUAUAUAAUCCUAGUCAUACGAUAAAAUAAGCUGAAUUUUGAGUACAAGCAAUUCCUAGUCAGUAAUUUUAUAAAGAAUAGUAGUGACCUUUGCGUACACCACUGGUUUUAUAAGAACAUUUCAAUCCACGAACUAGCAUUCCAUAUAUCCCUAAGUCAUUUUAGCCAAGUGAAACCAAUACGAGAAUCUGGAACGGCCAGUGAGCUUCUGCAGUGUCUUCAGAGGAAUAUCGAUAUGAACAACUGGUCACAAUACACCGGGGGUUUGUAAUAAGUAUUUAGUAAAUGCUCAGGUUUCAAGAGCAAGUUCCUAGUAUAUACAGUUUUUCCUACAAAAACGAGCGUGCCUUUGUAUCAGUUUCUUAAGCGUAAACUUAUUACAAAUAUAAACUAUAUAGACUUCGACUGUGUACUUGAACAAGUAUAGACUAUAAACUCCAAGUGUGCACUAGACAUUCAGAGACCAUAUUUCUGUAUAUCUGAAAGAAAACAGCAUACCCAUCUUACCAAACAAUAAGAGAAAUAGCAGAUGGGCAUCUUUUUCAGUUUCUAAAACUGCUCUUAAACAGUCUUCAGUGAAAGGUUUUUAUUGGACAAAAACUGCACUGACAAAUCUGAAGUGACGCCCAGAAGGCUACUCACAUAUCCAUCGCCAAUAAUUCACACUGCAAUCCAACCUUGUUACCACUCGCAACUUUGCUAACAACGUUCUCGGAAUAGCCAGUGGGUCUCCUGAAGCAAUUGCAACAUUCAGCAUCCAACCUGCUGGAAAAAAAAUAAAAAAUAAAAUAUGCCGAACAACACUACCUACGCAGCUCUGCUCAACCUGACUCAGAUGAUUCUCCUUGGCGACCAAUGGCAACCUCGAGACCUUUCUGGCGAGGUCGGAGGGGACUGCUGGGUUGGAGGAGGAGGGGGAGGGGGAGAGAGAGAGGCCGCUGGAAGGGGACGACGCCACUGAGCUGGAAUCCGCCUUCUUCCCUAAUGCCUCUGCACUCGACUGGAAUAUGCGGAAUUCCUCCAUCGACCCCAAGACUCUCAGGCGCGUCCUCAACACGCUCUUACAUUACGAUGGGCCGACCGCGUAUGCGACAGAUGUAACCUACCCCAGUGCCAGCAGUAAGCCAACCCAGCUGCCCUUUCAGAUGCCCGCAUACCAACAGGCUCUCUGGGUCAUGGCAUUCGGGCUCAUGAUCCUCGGGGCAUGCGUGGGCAACAUCGUCGUCAUACGAAUCGUCCUGGGGAACCAGCGCAUGAGGACUACCACCAACUAUUUCCUGGUGAAUCUGUCUGUGGCCGAUCUUUUCAUGACGUUGUUCAACUGCGUCUUCAACUUCGUGUUCAUGCUCAAGAGCCACUGGGCCUUCGGGAGUAUUUAUUGCACCAUUUCCCAAUUUAUCGCCCACGUCUCCCUGGCGGCAUCUGUAUUCACGCUGGCCGUUAUCUCCUUUGACAGGUUUUUGAACGUGAUGCGCCCUUUGAAGCCCAGGAUGUCCAAAUGCGUCUGCAGGAUGCUGCUCUGCGUCAUCUGGGUCGUGGCAGCGUCUAUAGCAGCGCCCAUUCUGCCAUACGCCACAACCAUCCACACCAUGCGCGGAGAGCGAACAAUUUGCGUCAUCAAGUGGCCAGAUGGCCUGGCUCCAAGAUCUCUCAUUGACUACGUGUACAAUGUCGUUAUUUUAGCUGUGACCUACGUUGUUCCAAUGACGGCCAUGAUCAUAUGUUACGCUGUUAUAGGUUGUAAGUUGUGUGAUCCUGCCAUUGCAAAAACAUCACGGCAAACAGACAACUUCAAAAGCAAAAGAAAGGUAGUGCAGAUGUUGGCGCUCCUGGUGGGGUUGUUCGCCCUGUGCUGGCUGCCGUACCACGUGUACUUCAUUGUCGUGCAUCACCACCCCCAGCUGAGCACGAGGCCUUAUGUGCAGCAUAUGUACCUGGCGUUCUACUGGCUGGCGAUGUCCAACGCCAUGUUCAAUCCAAUCAUAUAUUAUCUGCUCAAUGCCAGGUUCCGAUACUUCUUCUGGCAGCUACAUAUCAGGAGCCAAGGAAUCCUGGAAAAAUUGCACGGGAAACUCCCACACAAAUUCAUCGGUUCUAUCUGUCGAUGACGACCCAUUCGCCUUCCACCUCCAGGUGGGGGGCGGCGAGCCAGUGAGGGGAUUACUGCGCCCUACAGCCCCGGACACCAAACAGACGAGGCAGAGCCCGCUGCUGGGGACCUCCCAUCCAUCACCUCGCCUGGCGGCCGUGGUCAACCUGUCCAAUCACCUGGGGCCGAAUAAGGACCUCUGUAACAGGCACUUCACGCCCUCCUCGUCUCCCAAGGGGAACAAGCUCGGCUCCACGGCGCCCCAGAUACAGUAUAUUGAGGCGGCGUAUUGAUAAAAGAGGGGAAGAUCUCUCUCUCUCUCUCUCUCUCUCUCUCUCUCUCGCUCUCCUCUCUCUCUCUCUCAUGAAUGAAUCUGUUAUGAAAACAGAUUCACUCAUUAUACUGCGAGAAAUGUUUUGAUAAUGAAAGCCGAUAUUUCUCUCUCUCUCUCUCUCAUAGAUGAAUCUGUUACUCUCUCUCUCUCAUGGAUGAAUCUGUUACUCUCUCUCUCUCUCUCUCUAAUGGAUGAAUCUGUUAUGAAAACAGAUUCAUUCAUUAUACUGCGAGAAAUGUUUUGAUAAGGAAAUCGAUAUUUCUCUCUUCUCUCUCUCUCUCUCUCUCUCUCAAUAUAAAUGGUGUUUUUGUCUCGUAAAUAAAACGUGAAUAACGAAGAAUUUACGUUAUGGGAUCAGAUUUCCUCAAAACUAUAUUUUGAUAAUGAAAGCCAAAGAUACUCAUUCCCAAAUGAACAUUCACUAUUCAACGCCAGACUAACAAUUUAUCCACUGAAUAACGGCAGUUUUAUUUAUUUAUUUAUUAUAUUUUUUACAACGCUAUCAUAAGGAAAACGAACGUCCUCUGUAACUCUUUUAGGCUCACAAUUAUAAAUACAAAUACGCCCCCUUCAUAUCGAAUUCACUUUACCUCUUGGAUAACAAACAUUUUCAAAGACUUGUAAUAAAUCCACUUGUAAUAAAUCCCCCAAAGGGAUUUACUAUACAAGAUAAGCGCACCUGGCCCAGCCAUGUUAGGUAAGCAUAAGGGUACAAGUGGGGGUCUAUUAGCAAUUAAAAUAGCAGUUAAAAAGGUCAAUCCGUUAAAAAAAACGCGAUGAUUUUGAAGACUGUAUUGAAAUAACACCGACGAACGACUCCCAUCAGUAAUCAAGGGAACAACACCAUACUUGUCAGUGACUCGUCAAUGUGUCUGCUGGUAUAUGUAAAUUGAAAUGUCCGCUUCUGUAUAUUGUGUAAGUUUUGUACAAUAAA